CGGCUGAUGCUGUCCAUCAACAGAGGAGCGUCGGUUUCGUCGUGCGUUCGUUUGCGCAAUUGUUCCAUUGUCUUUCCUUCGCCAAUUCUUUCAGUAUUUUGCCAUUGUCGCCAGACGCUCUCCGAAGUCUGUUUUCUUCGGGCUGCGACCCGUCCAUUCCGCCUGGGACUCUUUCUCCCCACCUCCACGCCCGCUCCCCCUGAACAUUGUUGUUGGGCUUCUCGACAGGGACUGGCAACAGAUCGCGGACCACAACCGCCAACCAAGAUUCCUACAUUUCACGGCCGUCGCACGUUUUCGUCUCGGCGAGUUUCACGUCAUCAUUGAUUCCGGUGCAUUCUCGUUCUUCGCCUUUUCUUUUCAACUCCAUCCGCCAGCCGAUCAUUUUCGCUCAUUCCGAAACAAAUAUCUGGAGCCUGUCCUUCCCGUCUCGCCGCAGACUUUGAACCUGGACUUUUGACCGGGCAUCGAGCUCGGUGGUUAGAGUUUGCGAAGAUGCCGCUAUUUUCUCGUUUUAAGAGCAAGGGAGCGCAACCGGCAUCGAAGGGUGGACCGCAGGGUGACGAUGAAGGCGCCAACGCCAGAUUAGCAGCAGCGUCAAGGUGGCAGUCCAAUUGGAACAGCAAGACCAUUGUUCCUGAGGAGGUUGAAGAGCUUAUCCACACAUGUACUGCGGAGAUGAAGUCGCGAGCUGAGGCGCUUGAUUCGCCCUUUCUCCUUUUGCCAUUUCGGCCAAACACCGACCCCCAAGGCGCGCGUACCUUCAUUCAGAAUUUCUAUCGCGCCAACGCCGAACGAUCGCCUAAAUACACCGGAGCAGCCCUUCAGCAGGAACUGAGGCUGACCGAACCAAUUGUGUUGUGUAGCAUCAUGAAAUGGUGCUGGAGCCGUUUGCCAAACGGCGUGGUGACUUGGCCAGUGUACGAGGGUUUCCGCAUGGGAGAGAAAGAGUCAAAGAUGGCGCGCAAUGCAUUCGAUACCUUCGUUCCGAUAAGCGCGGAAUCUGAGGCUCACAAGAACAUCAUCUUCGACUUCUUCGAUCUCAUUGCGGCUGUUGCUGCCCAUGGCAAGAACAACGGUCUCACUGGUCGCAAGCUGUCAAGACUGGCAGGAUGGUGGGCAUUUGAGCACGCCGACGAGGGUAAUGGCUUUGAGGGUGGGUACAAAUCGUGGUUGCUGGCCGCAGAUGCGACGAGUCACCUUUUCUUCGCAUAUCUGCGUUCUUUGUCGCCAGAUACCGAUCCAUCAAUGAACGUCAUCGAGCGCAUCCCGCGCUCGCUGCAGGCGCUCCUCCACUCCACGGAAUACCCGCCAGAAACCCCGACACUCAUGCAACGAUCCACCCCGCGCGUAGUAAUGGUCGUCAGCAGCGUCUCUCCAACCCCGUUUUCCCUCCUCCGACGAGCCAAAAAUUUCGAAUACCGCGACAACGAUGAGAUUCUUCGCGAGUACGCCGAAUUCGAGGACCCUAUUGAUGCUCUGACGGACGAGUGCAAGCGUGUCCUGUAUGCCAUCUCCACCACCAACCAAUCGUCUGCAGCGCGUUCCAGAGGUGGACCUGCUGCCAACCCAGACGAGUCUUGGUCUGCCUUUUCCAACAUGGGCUUCUCGGAUAUCGAUGAAAAUGCUUUGACACCUAAGAAUCCCAAAGCUGCGAGCAACACGAUUCGCUCGGAGCCUCAAUCGCGAAACGCCGACAAUGCUCGUCCGACAACUCCAUCUUGGGCAGACUUUUUAUCGUCAGGUUUCGCUGACGACGGUACCUCCAAGCCAUCUACGCUGCUCUAUCCGCCUGCACAGGUUCUUCCUCCACUCGGGAGCCCUGCACAGUCUGCGCUGUACAAGAAAAGUGGCUCUGAAGAGAAUCUGGCGCCUGGUGAGCUAGCGGCCAUCAAAAAUGUGGAGCUAGACGACGUAUUCUGGUGGGUGUGGAUGACCAGCUUGGCUGGAGAGGAGCCGUCAGAACGCAAGGCAGUCUUUGGUCGUUGUGCUCUGGUCGAGACCACCAUCAUGAACGGACGAUGGCUCAUUAUGGAGGAGCAGGUGAAAGGCGCCACCCCUGACCCGACCGCGGGCGCCUACAUCGCCCCUAAGAAGAGCAUCUUCAGCUUCACAAAGCGUACGCGGCUAGGACGUAAGCGAUCGACCACCAAGCACAACAUUGCCGAACAGACUCCCAUGCGUACCCUUUCGGCAACUCCCAGCAAGACCAGCCUCGCUCCUGAUCAGCAUGCCCGAAUCAAGGCUGCAGCUGCAGCUCUGACUCGUAAGACCGAGUCGCCUGAUCGCGAUGCGCUGGCCCGACGCGGAAAAGCCGACGAUACCGCGAAUAAGACGAAUAACGCACUGGCUGUUGGUCUGCAGAGCGAAGCUGGGCCCGCGAUGAAGUUCAUCAAUGCUUACGACAAGAAUGCCAUCCGAGCUCAGUACCUGGGCGACUCUCAGGCAGGGACUGGUGCAACAAGAGCGGAAUCCUCGAGCGCUGCGGCUGAGGUGGCAACCGCCGCCGCUGUAGCGAUUCCCAAGACGCCUGUACACGAGGAGACUCCGGCUCCAGCAGCGACAUAUAGUCUGUCGCCUCAGCAGCGCCAAUAUCCUGUCUCACCGAAGGAGCCGACAUCUGCUGGCAAGUCGCAGGUCAACCCGGAGGCACUCGCAGCUGUCUCCCCUGUGUCUCCAGCACAAAACAAAGGCAACGAUGCUUCGCAAUCGCGCGUAGGUUCUCCGAGCACAGUGCCCGCUCAGCCAGAGCCGUCAUCCCCGGUCUCUCUUAGAACCCGUAAGCCUGUGCCGAAGCCAACCAGCCCGGUCGAACAGCCGGCCUAUCAUUCGCGUGACUUCGCGGCACCAUCACCUGUCAUCCCUAUGCAAAAUUCUGCUGCAAUUGCUGCUGCACGGGCCAUGCAGACAGCGUCGUCUCCUACCAGCCCCAUAACCUCAGCGGGUCUUAGUUCGAAGAAGUCCAAUGCCGGAAAUGGCGGUUUGAAGAAGUUCUUCAAGAAAAAGGAUAACGGUGACCCCAGGGGUGAUUCCCUCGAUCUGAUUCGCCCUACGAACGCCGCACCGGGUUCGACCAAUCAGAGCAUCAAUCGGCGUCUUUCUUUGAUGCGUCGCAAGGAACAAAGCGUGUCUCGGGAUAGCGUGGCAACAUCCACCUCAGAGGUCGAGUCUGCAGACUUCGCUGCAGAAGCGCCGUCUGUCCCAACCUACCAACCCGCAGCUGCUCCGCCGCCAACUUCGUCCCACUACGAACCUACUGAUCCCAUCUCCCGCGUGAACACACGAGACGAGGAGGAGCAAGCCCGACAUGAGUUCUCCCGCUUUGAUCAAGGCCCCAUGAUGGACAUGCCGGCCAUAAUUCCCACAGAGUCCUUGGAAGAAGCACCGUCCCCCGAACACACACCACGCGAGGUCGAAUCAUCCGGCGCCCGCAAUCUGGUUCCUCAAGUACAGGUCCCUGCUGACUAUGAACGCCCCGUGGCACUCACCCACUACCAGCCUCCUCCGACCAGCGACCGUGAUUCGGAAACAACCAUCGAGGACCACCGCGAUGCUGGCCAGGUCCAAGACCGAUGGGCCACCAUUCGCGAGAACGCGGCACGUCGUGCCAACCGUGCUGAGGAGCGCCAGAGUGAGGAUCAAAGCACGCCUAGCCGCUUCAGCCAGAGUGUGAAGACUGACGAUGGCGAGACCAGUGGCGAAGAAACUAUCGAGUCCCGAGUCGCACGGAUCAAGGCGCGUGUCGCGGAGCUCACCGGCAACAUGGACAACAGCUCCGUCCGUCGCUAAACUGUCGCUGCUCGUACCCCUUCUGUCUUCUCUUCCGAUGAUGGCCUUGUGGCGUGGCUUAAUGAGCCUCUUCUCCCAGCUUCUAUCUUCGAUUGAUUUCCGCACAUUUGUACGUCUCAUAGCGCGUCGUUUUCGAGAUCUGCCAGCGUGGGAUCGAUUUCUGCUUUCAUGCCCUUUACUCGCGCCAUUGCUCAAAUUUCUCCUUUUUGGAAGCACAGGCGCUCGCGCGCCACGCUUUCUUCGUCUGAUACCAAGCGCUUUCCCUACUCUUUUUCCUUACCUUUCCUACUCCAUCUUGCUUUUGAGGACGAGACUUCGUUCUGGUUGUAUUCGACUUCUUUUGCCUCAUCACGUAUCCUUCCCAUCUAUAUUCUCUUGCUCCAAAGUCACCAUUGCAGUUUCACGUUUCACAUGUGUACCAUCAAAAACAAUAUUAUAGUCGAUAAUCUGUAAUCAAUAUUUGCAUGACUCGUCC